AUUAUGUUUGUUUGAGUACGUUGGGUGAGGCUGAUAGCUACAUGUGUGCCAAUGAAAGGUUAAUGACGUCUUGUUCUAAUAAGGAUCUGAACCUGCAGCUGUGGAAGAACACCUAUUAGUUAAUGUCACUCUGUCCUUAACACCCAAUCGUUGGUAAUAUUUUGUUUGACAAUCACCACUAGCAACGGCAUUGUCACGCCAGGCGGGCGUAUAUUACCUUGUGCAUGCACAACAUUCAGACAUACCUGGCUGGGGUAGGACGUCUAAAGCAUCAUCAAUAUGGGCGAGUGGUCAAACGGUCUCUUUGGCUGCUUCAAUGACUGCGGAUUAUGCAUAAUAACCUAUUUUGCACCCUGCUACACUGCAGGCAAGGUUGCAGAGAAAACUGGUGACAGCUGUUGCACCUAUGGAUGUUUAAGCAUCUUGGGACCGAUUGGAAUCUACACCAGAGCCAAAACAAGGGGCAAACUGAGGGAAACCAAAGGAAUCGAGGGCGGCUUCUGCAACGACUGCAUCAUGCACUGGAUCUGUGCAAUCUGUUCACUCAUACAGGAAGCUCAGGAAGUAGACGCACUGGAUCGUGGAGGCCAACAACAGGCGAUGGCACGGCAAUAAGUGGGUCAACCGGCUCAUGUCAGUUCCUCCGUCCAUUGAUGAUCCAUCGAUCAGUUUCCACCUGUGAUACGGCCUAUGGAUUAUAUCCCAUGUUUUCGUUGUCGAGCAGUCGAUCCAGCCAGCCAGCUUUCGUCCAAAGAUGAAUAUCGUCUACAUAUUCAACGCUCACGAACAUUUAUCGACAUGACAUUUAUCAUGCCACAUGUCAACUUGUGAUUAAGUGUUUUGAAUAAAAAUAUUUAUCGUUUUAUUAA